AUGGCGUUGUGUUUGUCUAGGUGGAAGCAUUGCUACCAGAGGCUGGAUCAAAUCGGAGAAGGGACGUAUGGGCAGGUGUAUCUUGCCAAGGACAACAAGACCAGUGAGCUGGUAGCCUUGAAGAAGAUCCGGAUGGACAAUGAGAAGGAGGGCUUUCCCAUCACCGCCAUCCGCGAGAUCAAGCUUCUCAAGAACCUGAGCCAUCCCAACGUGAUCAACCUCAAGGAGAUUGUGCGCUCCCAGACUCACAGGUGCAACAACUUCAAGGGCAGCAUCUACAUGGUCUUCGACUACAUGGACCAUGACAUGACUGGCCUCAUGGAGCGCUUGGGCUACAAAUUCACCGUGCCUCAGAUAAAGUGCUACAUGAAGCAGCUGCUGAAGGGGCUGGCGCACUGCCACCACCAGGGCGUGCUGCACCGCGACCUCAAGGCCGCCAACCUGCUGAUCAAUAACGAGGGCGGCCUCAAGCUGGCCGACUUUGGGCUGGCACGCAAGUUCCGCGAAGGCGACAAGGACUCCCGCUUCACCAACCGCGUCAUCACCCUCUGGUACAGGCCGCCGGAGCUGCUGCUGGGCUCGGAUCACUAUGGGCCGGAGGUGGACAUGUGGAGCGUGGGCUGCAUCUUUGCUGAGCUGCUGACAGGGAAGCCCCUAUUCCCAGGCAAAGACGAGACGGACCAGCUCGACCGCAUCACCAAAAUCACCGGGUCCCCCACAGAGAGGAACUUCCCCGGCUGCACAAAGCUCCCCUACUACAAGCACAUGAGCCACAAGUACAAGGAAGAUCGGCUGCGGCGGCACCUGCUGUCCACGUGCCCGCAUCUGCCAGAGGGUGCCCUGGAGCUGCUGGAAACCAUGCUCACGCUGGAUCCAAUUAAGCGCAUCUCUGCUGAGAAAGCUUUCCUGGACAAUUUCUUCUGGCAUACAGAACCGAAGCCGUGCGAGCCCAGGGACCUGCCCAAGUUUGACCCCUCCCACGAGCUGGACAUGAAGCGCAAGCGCCAGGCCGACCGUGAGAUGCGCCAGCAGGGUGGCGGCCAGCACGGGCAUGGCAGCCAUGGGCCGGAUGCAAAGCGCGCGCGGCACAACCCGCACCCGGCCACCGCCCACUCUGCCUACGCAGCCCCGGCUGGCCAGGUGUGCCUCAUGCUCGCGUCAGAUCCUUCUGGCCAAAGCUUCAUUGCCCAUGGCAACCCAGCAGCGGGCUACUUUACCGGCCCUGCCGCCAACCGCGGCGGCCCGGCCAGCAGCCGCUUUGCUGGCGGCGCCGCCGCUCCUGCACCCGCGUAUGCCGGCCAGCAGCAGGCGUAUGCUGGCGGCUACAUGGCGCCUGCCGCGCAGCCGGCCCAGUACGGAGGCUACGCUGCACGGCCAGGCUACGGCGGCGGGGGCCAGCCUCCGGCGCGGAUGCCCCCCAGCACAGGAUCCUACCCCUCACAUGCCCACCGCCCGCCCAGCCACGGGGCCAGCAACCGCGCUCCCUCCUGGCAGGGGCAGCGGAGGUAG